GAAAUUCUGAGAGCGCCGGGGGGGGGGGGUUGGAAGUGGGGACACGUCAUCGUCGCGGAACCUCACAUCCUAGCAACGAUAGGCGGGGCCUAGCCACGUCCGUGUUCCGAACCCAUCACCCCACCGUUCCCGCAAAGAUGGCCGCUGCCAGGGAGCGGAUAGGGGCAGCUGUGAGGGCGGCGUCCCCGCCGGGCCGGGCCCUGUCCCUGUUCCUCCUCCUCCUGCUGCUGCUGCUCGUGGGCCCGGCCGUGCCGGCCCGCAGCCUGCCGGUCAGUGAGGUCCCAGCAAUGGACCAGGACCCCAUUGUACGAAGCAUGGUACAGAUGUAAAACAAAGAGAUGGACAGUCUCUGCACCAAGGUGUUUUCCACUAAGUGUUCUGUAAUACUACAGGAGUGUCGUAUGGAAGACAUGGGAGCUACUGCAGAUGCUCCUAAAAAUGACAGUGAAGUGUUAAAUACAUCUCAGAUUUCAACACCCCGUCUGCCCAAUUUGAUAACUACAACUAAAAAACCAUCCUCAGCAACUCUUCAAGUCGAUAAUAUUGUCACACUUAAACCAGCUAUUGUGAAGGAUGACCCAGCCACAUCUGUUGCAACUCAUUCCACAUCUGUUAGCCCCAUUUCAGAAAUGGAUGUGGAUGCUUCUGAAGAUACUAAAAUUGUGGAAGAGGGUCUCCUAACAGACUUCAAAGACAUACUGAAUAGUUCACCACCAACAGCAAAAGAAACUGUGGAGCCUGAUGGGCGCGAUGACUAUGGCCCUUAUGAGGGGACGUCCAAUUCCAGAUAUAAUACAGACCUAGAUUUGCUGGAAGAUGAGAAGACUGAUAGCUUUGGCAGUUAUAAUGAGCACAUUAAAUCUCUUGAUGCCAAGAUAAAGGACUCUGUCUCAGGAUUGGAAGAAGACACCCAUUUCUUUUUCCACCUGGUUAUUAUUGCCUUCUUAGUAGCUGUUGUUUAUAUCACAUAUCAUAAUAAGAGAAAGAUCUUCUUAUUGGUCCAGAGCCGAAGGUGGCGUGAUGGUCUUUGCUCGAGAACAGUGGAAUAUCAUCGUUUAGAUCAAAAUGUUAAUGAAGCAAUGCCUUCACUGAAGAUAACCAAUGAUUACAUUUUUUAAAAGCAUCAGUUUGCUGAAUUAGUCCUUUUCUUUGCCUGACUUUUUAAGGCAGACACUGCACAACAUUAUAUAAAGAGUUUGUACUGAAAUGAGAGGUCUCUCUUGCCUGGAUGGGUUUGAGAUUAAAGCUCAUGUAAAACAAAGGGCAUGUAUUAUUAGCAUUAAAUUCUUUGUCGACAGUCAAGUUUCAAAUCACAUGUACAGAAACUAGAUUUAAACAAUGUAUUUCACUUGUUUUUUUCAUUUAUUUCAUUUUAUUUUGUGCAUCCUUUCCUUCUGUCUAGAGCAGUGCCAACAGGGCUAAUAUAAAAAUGUGGGCAUAAAACAUUUUAGAUCUGAUAAAUUGAGUCUGCCAUCACUGAAUCAAAUUUUCUCUUUCUGCAAAUUGUUAAUAUGGCUCAUAAAUCCUGCUAUCUUACACAGUUUAAAAAUAUUUUUUCCAUGUAUAGAUUGCUUAAUGCUCCAAAACUUUAUUCUAGAUAUCUUUUGGCUAACUCAGACUCUUCUAACGUUAGGCUACCUAAUGUGACAAACUUUAUGCUGAUAUUCUUCACUAGAUGCUUCAUUCAGUAAAGUAUUUUAAAAUAAUUAUGUACCAAACAUGACUUGAAAUCAAGUUAUACCUUACAUUUCUUUGGAAUAUCCCAGGUUUGCAUGAAAGUAUUGCUGUUUCUUGAUUGCCCAAGAUUUACUCUGUAACUAUGCUUAUGGAAACUUCAUCUAUCUUUUUAAGAUUAGUGAAUUGAAAAUAAACUUCAUAGUGUAAUUAUUUAUAAAAUAAAAAUAUACCUAGCAGGCAAGUGCAACAAAGAUUUCCCCUGAAUUUUAAGGCAGUUUUGGUAUGCAGUCAUGUGGUUUCUUACAUUCCCAGACUUAACAUGUUUGUAGUAUAUAAGAGUGAUUGAUUUUGAUAUUAUCCUAAACACAAGUAAUUGGCAGGUGGGAUAGAAAUUAAAAGUGUAUGGGUUGCCAUGAUCUAUGGACAACACUGCACCUUUAUUUAAUUUUGACAGAAUUAAUUUUACAUGUGAAUUAGGUGUACAGCAAGUUAUUGGUAUGUUUUGGUUUUUUUUUUACUUUGUCCUAUGUAGUUCAGCUAUUUGUUUUUCCAUGAGAUGUAAAAUAUACAAUUUCAUAGUUUUUCCUUUUUGUACAUUGUGAUUUAAUUUUCAGAGAUGAUAAAUAUCUAAAUAACGGUGACUAAGAACCACAAUUAAUGACUUGGUAUACAAGUGGUAAUGUACUGUUUUGAAAAGUCAAAACUUUACAGAUUUUUGCAUGAGAAGAGUUGUGAUGUCAUGAUAUGUUAUGGGUGAAAUACUUCAUAAAUAGUAAGUAAAUUCCUACAGUUACAUGCUUUUUUUUGAUAACCAUAAGAAAGUGAAGCAUAAACAAUAUGCCAGAACUAUUUUCUUGCAGUAAUUUUUAUCAUAUUUGGACUUGUUUCACAUAAUAUUUUGAAUAAUGUUUUUAAAAUAAAUAGGAAGAAUAUUA